AUGGAGGUUCUGAAAGUUCUUUCAGCUUCUCCAUCAACCUAUUCUACUAACCCAAAGUCCAAGUUGUUAAAUCUACCUUUUGUUUUUUUGACACCCAUGUUUUCAUCUUCCCCGCCUUUGACCUCGCCUCUUUCUUCUUAUCUCAAUUUGCUUCCAGUUUCAUCAGAGUUGUGUUUGUCGAUGACCAAUUGCACACGCCUUGGAGGAGCGAUGGAGAAAGCUGGAAGGAGACGGAGAAUUGGUGCGAAGAAGAAUCUUAUCAGAAGUGGUUCAGUUGAUGUUGUUGUGGUAGAGAGUGUUGCUGCCCUUGUGCCUAAAUGUGAAGUUGAUGGUGAAAUGGGUGAUGCACACAUGGCAAUGCGAGGUAGACUUAUGAGUCAGGCACUUCGUAAAUUAAGCCAUUCAUUAUCUACAUCACAAACUAUUUUAAUCUUCAUUAAUCAGGUAAGGUCAAAGCUAGCUACUUUUGGAUCUGACAUUAGGAAGUUAAGUUCUGGUGAAGAUUAUGAAGAAUAA